AACUCCCAGUCAAAUGAUACAUAUUGAAUACAAACAGCAAAAGAAGCUUCCAUUUAUUGUGGUGAUGGUGGAAAGCCUUAAAAGUCUGAAUGAUCCACCAACCUCGAUCUAUUUUGUAUCAGGCACACCGAAACCUUCACCAAAGUCAAGAUUGCAUGCCCACAAAGCCCCCCCGCACCAUCCGAUACCAUCCUUAAAAGCCAAUGGAACAAAUCUGAAGCGGAGGCUGCAAGAGCAUAGCUUGAGAGUCCCGAACAUGGCGGAGCAGCACAGAGUCCACCCGGUGGACGUCGAGUCUCCACCGCCGUCGGCACCGGAGGCUCCCAGCGUUAUACCAGGGCCACAGAAACACGACGGUGCUGCACGUGUUGCUCGCCGGAGAAGCAAAGAUCGGGAGCGAGUUGCUAACGGAGCUGCAGCAGCAGCAGCAGACCGGGACGAUACCGUUGGCCGUCCGGGGAGUCGUGCCGGUGAGAGUGAAGCUUGGGAAGUUGAAGCUGUGGAAGGUGAGGUUCAAAGUGAGGUGCAGUCUGGUGGUGAACAGCCUCAGCGCCAGCGGCGAUGUCAGCAUCCGAUCCAGCAGCUGCAAGUUCAAGCUGAAGCUCUGAUUCUUAUUUCUUGUUCGGUUGGAGCUCCGAGGAUUCCUCGACGUUUUGGGAUUUUGAUUCUUUCUCUCUCUUGCUUCUCUUCUGUCCUCAUCAUAUGAAAUAAGAGAUGUGGAGGUGGUAGCUUCAUUGCAUGAACUUCAUGUAUUCUUCCCGUGAAUUGCACGGAUAUGCUUUGCUUGUGCAUGGAUAUGCUUUACUUGUAGAUUGAUAUGCAGCAGCAAGGAAUCACACCUUUGCCUGCAAACAAGCAAAAGUACAGUCGUCGCUUCUAUUUAAGUAAGAAGAGGUGACGCCAUUUCCUCCAUCACCGUCUCAAGAAAAUGGCGAUGUUCCUUGAGUUCUUUGUUUCAAGGUACCUUGGAAAACUAGCAGAGUUCGUCGAGGGAGAGGCAUGCAAGGUGCUUGGUGCAAAGAAGGAGAUCAAGAAGCUUCAGAGAAGGUUGGCGAGGAUCCAACCUUAUCUUGAGGAUGCAGAGAAGAAGAGGCAUGAAAAUGAAGCCAUCAAAGGUUGGGUGAUGGAUAUGAAAGACCUCAUGUACGACGCUGAUGACGUGAUUGAUCUUUGCAUGUUCGAAGGUGGAAAAUUAUUGGAGGCUCGGACAUCAGCUUCUUCUUCAGGUGUAUGCUUGCCUUUUCAUUUGCUUUCUUCUUGUUUUACAUGUAUCAGAUAUCGUCAUCAAGUAAGCAGUAGAAUCAAAGAACUUAAUGAUAAGUUUAGAGAAAUUACAGAGGAUAGUCUGAUAAUAUCUACAUUAGUGAAGUCAGACCAAGGUUCCUCUUCCCAAUCCCAAGAUAACAUGCUAAGGUCUCGCGAGACACAUUCGCUGGAGGUUAAGUCGGACAUUGUAGGAACACAAAUCGAAGAUGCAACCCAAAAUCUAAUUAAUAAGAUAAUGCAGAAUGACAAAUCUAAGUGUCAGAUCUUUGGAAUCGUUGGGAUGGGUGGGAUCGGGAAGACCACACUAGCACGUAAGAUAUUCAACGAUGAAAGGAUCAAAACCAAGUUUCCAAAACGGAUAUGGUUGUAUGUUUCUAAGAAUUAUGCUGAGAAUGAUUUGCUAAGCAAGAUUAUUAGGAGUGCCGGAGGAAGUGUUGAAGGAGGUGAAAGCAAAGAACAACUGGUAGAACAACUUGUGUCUCUCAUUUCACAAGAUUUCUUUGUGGUAUUGGAUGAUGUAUGGGGCACAGAUGUAUGGGAGAAAUUACUCAGGGAUCCUAUGAUGAGUGGAGUAGCUAGCAGUAGGAUCGUAGUUACUAGCAGAUACGAAGACGUGGUCAAAAGAAUAGGAAAUAAACAUAUCCACCAUGUCGACAGAAUGGAUAACGAGAGUGGCUGGGCAUUGCUCUGUAAAAUAGUUUUUCGAGAAGAGGAGGAUCAUGAGAUUGGGAGGUUAAAAGAAAUAGGAAAGAAAAUUGUCGAAAAAUGUGAUGGGCUUCCUCUUGCCAUCAAGGCCGUGGGAGGAGUUUUAAGAUCCAAGGAAACAAGUCAGGCAGAGUGGAAGAAAGUUUGUGAAAGUGAUUGGUGGCAUAUGAAACAGAUGGAAGAAGAAGUACCGAGGGCCUUAUACUUAAGCUACGAGGAUUUACCAUAUCAUCUCAAACUCUGUUUUCUUUAUUGUGCUCUUUACCCCUUAGAUAAUUCCCAACCACUUGCUCUACUUUGGGUGGCCGAAGGCUUUAUAGCCGAACAGGGAGAGAGGUUAAUGGAAGAUAUAGCUCUUGACUACUAUAUGGAGCUAAUUCAGAGGAACCUAUUGCAACUCGAUCCUUAUUCUGCGGACCAGGUAACAUACGUCAUGCAUGAUCUUCUGCGAUCUCUUGGUAAAAGUUUGGUACAAGGAGAAAGCAUUUGCAUGAUAGAUGACGAAACGUUGAAAAUGAACCCCCUGAUGAAGAUUCGCCGUUUGUCAAUGUCAAAUAUGCGGGAAAUAUUAACACUCCCCGGUGAAGUCAUGAAACAGAGUGAUUGUUUGAGAACGUUGCUUCUCUUCGACAGCUACCAAACAAAGACCGUCGAGGAUGAUGUGCUCAAAAGAUUAAGACAUCUACGAGUCUUGGACUUGGCCUACACAUCCAUCGAGACAAUUCCCGAUACCAUCGGAAAAUUGAUACAUCUGAGAUACCUACGCCUUGCAAGAACAAAGAUCCAUGAGAUACCAGAAACCAUAGGGCGCCUCGCAAACCUGCAAAUGCUGUUGGUGCAGGGGUGCCAACAAUUGCAUGUACUACCCAAGGCCAUCAUCAGAUUGCAUAACCUACGAUGUCUUGCUCUUUCUGAUACUCCACUGACUCACAUACCCAAAGGAAUAGGGAGAUUGAAGAAUCUUAACAGUAUCACGGGAUUUGUGGUUGGCCAUGAUGAGUCGAGGAGCAAGCCGGAUGAGGAAUGGUGUGACCUGGAGGAGCUGCAAUCCCUAUCCAAGAUGAGACAUCUAAGCAUUUAUCAGUUGCAGAGGGCAACAAUAAACGGAGUCUCUGUGCUCACAAGCAUGUCCAUGCUUAGGGAACUGACAUUAGGAUGGACGAUGUCCGUAGAUCCGUGCAGCAGCGAAGAUCAGAUCCAAAGAGCGGAGAAGAUAUUCGACCAGCUCUCUCCUCCAUCAAGCCUGCAAAAGCUGUGGAUCGAAGGGUUUCCUGGUCGACGAUUUCCGAGCUGGAUGAUGUCAAAGACGACUAACACGGGUGAUUCUUUGCCCAACCUGAAAUUCUUAUCUAUUUGGAAUCUUCCAUCAUGUGUGGAGCUCCCUCCAGUGAGCCGAUUCCCCCAGCUCAAAUUGUUUGAUGUUAAACGAGCGAAAGCAAUCAAAACUAUCGGCCCUGAAUUCCUCGGUCUGGGAGAAGCAGGAGGAGAACCCACGUGUCGCAAGCUUGAACAUCUGAAAUUCAAAGACAUGCCCAACUGGGAACAAUGGGAGGAGGAGAAGGUCGACGGUGAUGACGGCGGACGAGCCCUGAGGCUGAGGCUACUUCCUAAUCUAAAAUCUUGUUCGCUUGAAAACUGUCCCAAGCUGAGAGCUCUGCCAGAUGUCCUACGCCAUGCUCCCAACUUAGAAAGACUCGUCAUCCGGCACAAUCAUUUCAUCAGGGAAAUUGAUGAUCUCCCAUUCUUGGCGGAUAUGCUCCUAGUCGUACAAAUGAUGAUGCUGCAAAGGAUAUCCAACCUCCCCUCAGUCGAGGGGUUGAAUAUUCUUCACUGCCCACGAUUGGAGUCGGUGGAGAAUCUGAACAUACUGCAACACCUGUGUCUUCUAUGUCCACCGGAAACCGAGCACCUUCCCAAGUGGCUACCGGAACUGAUCGAGCAACAUCGAAGUGCACCUUCCGCUCGCCGGAGCUUCAAAAAAUUUGAGCUCUACUGUGGCUUGCCACUACUCAGCAGCUGCCUCAAGGGGGAGCCAAAUUGGCACAUCAUUCAACAGAUUCCGGAGGUCAGAAUUCAAACCUAUGACAAGAGGAAUUUCUUAUAUGCAAAGGAUCAUGACAUGUAUGAAACAAAUGUGGGUUCAGAAUGAGCAGAUUCAGCUUCCUCGAUCGUAAGUCGUGUGCCUCUCUUUCUGCCUUCGGUUGCUCGUAGCUGCUGCAUAUUAUGCCGCGGUCUUCGCACCCACUCUCUCCUUCCUUGCAGGAUCAAUCGAUAAUUAUUUGUGGUGGGCGUUUUAUCAAUAAUUUGUAGGGGAGAGUGAUCGAGUUUGAAUGCUUCCUUCUAUCGUA